CGACCAAUCUUGUUUGUAGAUGAGCUUAAGAACAGAAAAGAUGUUACAUUAAUUGAGAUUGGUUAUAACCUCAAGUCAACAUAAGAGCCAUGAGCCAAGUAAACGUUACGCUUUCCCGCGUAGAAAACCUCACCGCCUUGUCAGGGAUUAAAAUCGAUACUACAACUAAAGUAACGAUCACUGUCGCCUACGGUAUCGUCUUCCUAGCGGCGUUGCUAGGCAACAUUGUCGUCAUCUGCCUGGUUCUCAAGCUACCCUCGAUGCGCUCGCUGACAAACAUGCUUCUUGUGAACAUGUGUGUUGCCAACUUGCUGGUAACGCUGUUUGCGAUGCCUUAUUCGAUCCUGUAUGUUUUCCUUCAAUACCGUUGGUUAUCUGGUCACCUUGGUAACGUCACAUGCAAGCUGACGCAUUUCUCGUACGCGCUGUCUAUCGCCGCGUCGAUUUUCGCCUUGUUGUUGAUUUCACUGGAUCGCUACUACGCUGUCUUGCACCCGUUCAAACGCCGCCCGCUUCUGCUACGAAGCACUAGAUGCGCGUCGCUGGGAAUUUGGAUUCUCUCCUGCAUCUUCAUGUCUCCGUAUUUAUUUCAGUUCAGGGUCAUACAAGAUAGCUUUGCCUCAUACUGCAUUAUUAGCUGGUCACCUCUUGACAACGUCACCGCCUCCCAGAUUUACUACAUCAUUGUCUUUGUCUCGCUUUACUCGCUACCUCUUACAGGAAUUGGUUUAGCAUAUAGCCUGAUCGGCAAAAAUCUCUGGCAUCGAAAGAUCCCUGGCCAACAAACCAUUUCCAACAGGCGCGUUGCCGAGAGGUCAAAACGCAAAGUGGUGCGUAUGUUAAUCGUGGUAGUCGUGGUAUUUGCUGUGUGUUGGAUUCCCGCGCACCUUAUGCAUUUCUUGUCGUAUUUUCAAAAAGAAACGUACUUCUCCCUUCCUCCGCUGAUCCUGUUGUUGUUUUACUGGUGCUGUCACGCCAACAGUGCCAUUUCACCGUGGUUAUUCUUAAUUAUGCACCACAACUUCAGACAAGGAGCUCGCAGGCUCUUCAAGCGUCCUUCCUGGCAGGCUAGUCUACAGCACUCAUCUUCAACACAUAUCGCCCGAGGACAUAGCUUGAUGUCGCGUCAAGGGACCGUAAUGGCAAACCGAAAGCAAGUUGAUAAUGCAAAUGAGGCUGUAUAAUUUUCUUUGGGAAUAGUUGAAGAAAGCUCAGGGAGUAGACUUAAUAGUGAAAUUUUAAUUAAAAUUUUAAUAGUUAGGUUCCUCCAAGAAUCGAUAACCUUUGAUAUCUUAACUGAUGAUCACGGUCUCAAACCGCGCAGCAAACAAAUUAUAUAUAACUUGAAGAAGGAAUGUAACCGUUUGCCCGUAUACACGCGGGAAAACCUGUAACGGCGGGAAAUUUUAUAACGGGUUUUGCGCGCGGGAAAACGUGCGCGCGAAAACAUAUGGAAACCAGUGCAAAGGGAGCGAAAAAUUAUCGCUUUCCUUAUGUUAUUGGCUUGACAAUGUCAGAAGGGGAAACAUUCUAUGUGUCCACCAUCUUUACUUUAACAUUGUUCGUUAUUUAAUAUUAGAAUUACUGUUAGUUUGAUUAGUAUGUUGCGAAGCGCAUGUGUACCCUGUUCCCUCUGUGAGACGCACUCAAUAGCUAGCGUUAAAUGCAUAUAGAACAAAACCAAUUGAAAGGCUGACCGGGCGGGUAUAAAAGGGUAAAUUUAAUGCCCAGUAUUUCGGUUAGACAGGACUAACCUUCCUCAGGGGCUACACUGAAGCUAAGUGUAACCCCUGAAGAAGUGUAGCUUCAUUGUAGCCCCUGAAGAAGGUUAGCCCUGUCUAACCGAAAUAUUGGGCAUUAAAUUUACCCUUUUUAGCCGUCCGGUCAGCCUUUAAAUUGGUUUUCUGAUUUAUUUUACACUGCUGAUCCUGAUCUAAACCAAGAUCCAGCUUCACUCCGCAGCUGUUUGUACAAGUGGUCCUUGCAUUACAGUUUUUUAAAUACAUAUACCGUGAUGCUCUUCAGGCGUGUCUUAUCGAAAAAAUUGAGCAUGCCAAGUGCGUUUUGUAAUGGACUCCUGAGACUAAUAUAAGAGCUCUAAAGUGGCCAAAUCUUAGUAAAGAACUCUGUUAACUUCGAAUUGAAUGACAGUCUUGCCCAAGAGCCCGCGAGUUUUUUUACUCUGCAUCACGAUCGACCAAGAUGGCGAUUUGGGUGCUGACCAAGAGAAUCACGGGCUCUGGCGACGGGAAUGUUGACUGGCAAAGAGAAGAAGUUACAUUUUGACACCAUUUCUUUGUGCUGUAUACGGAAGAAUGGAUAAUCCACAACGCUUUGUAAUUUGGUGCAUAAUGCCCAUUUAUACCAAUUGCCGUGGCCUGGUUGUGGCUUUGUUUACAUGUUCAGUGUUGUUAUUGGAAAUGAAUAAAAUCUUCUUUCAGCCUGGGAACUACCACUGACCGACAAAUCUUUGAAAGGGUGCCUGCUGUAAGUGCUAACCAAAAAGAACGCGGGCUCAGCUCUGGGAUGACAACAUGAAGUGUCUGCAGAGAUGUCCCAUAAAGUAAUUUUAUGCCCCAAUAUGUUACGGUUUGGUUUUAAAGACAAGUGGCUAACGUUGUGUGAAGCACGAAAUCCUUUUCUUAUCUGAAAAAGGAAGGCGUUCUUUUCUUUGAAAGAAUCAAGUCCUUUAUACUCUUCUGUGAAAAUAUGGAGUGACCAGGAUCUUUCAUCUCAUAACCAUUGGAUUGCAAUCAUUAGCACCUUCAUUAAUUUUGCUAUGUUGAGGUGAACUGUAAAACCAAAAACCAACAUGCAUACACGAACAUUGGGAAAAUGCUGAAUCAAGGCUCUCAUAGUCAAGAGGCUUCAGAUGAGCACAACUUUUCAUGUGGUAUGUAAACUUACUAUUCUGUUUGUUAAAUUAUACGACUUAACCGAGAUCUUUACAACAGUGAUGAAUCAAAGUUCCAUACAAAUCCUUGAAAAUUGUCUUGCUGUGAGCCUUGGCAACAUAUGGCGAGAAAAAUAAAAUUUUGUCAACUACUUCCUUGUGGCACAAAAAAAGAUUCUAGAGAUUAAAUCAAAAAUAUCAGAUUACAAGUGUGUUAAGGUGAAGACUGAAAGCGACUUCGAGUGAAAUUGUAUUUCAUGUCUUUAUUUCGGUCCGAGACGAUAUUUCUUUGCACGAGCGAUGACUUUUUGGAACAUAGCGAGUUAAUUGUUUAUUCGCGUGGCCGAAACAUACAGGUACUUUAUAGAGAACAAGGAAAUAAACACGUACAGGUAUAAUGAAUAACAAGUCUUUGGUCCAUGAUAAACAGAUGCUCUUACACUAAACGGUGAGAAGUACUUGUCGUGGCGCAUUAUUUGUGUUGCGCUGGGAGCCCAUUUGGACAUUCCGUUCCGAAACGUGAGCACAAACAUCAAGU